CGCUAGUUUGGCUCCGGGUCUGGGUUUCCAGUAAGUGGCAUGCGGGACUCCGGAGAGAUCCCUGGGAGCUGAGCCGAUCGCCUUUGUGUGCGGAGGGAGGAGGCGGCGGCGGCGGCGCGACCCCAUCUGGGGUAGCCCCACGGCGGGCACAAUGCUAGCCUGCCUGACCCGCGGGAACUUACUGGACGCCCUGCAGGAGGGCUUCAAUGAGCAACAGCUACAGGCCUAUGUGGCCUGGGUGAAUGCCCAGCUGAAGAAGAGGCCAUCCGUGAAGCCUGUGCAGGACCUGCGACAGGAUCUCCGAGAUGGAGUGAUCCUGGCCUAUCUCAUCGAGAUUGUUGCAGGAGAAAAACUGAGUGGAGUACAGUUGAGUCCCAGUAACCAACAAGAGAUGAAGAGUAACGUGGAGAGGGUUCUGCAGUUCGUGGCUUCCAAGAAGAUCCGUAUGCACCAGACCUCAGCCAAAGACAUUGUGGAAGGAAACCUGAAGUCCAUCAUGAGGCUGGUCCUUGCCUUGGCAGCUCACUUUAAACCUGGCUCUAGCCGGAUGGUGAGCCAGGGGCGAGACUCCAAAGCCCCACUGCAGAGCCACCAACCACACUGUGCUACUGCUGUGGCCCAAGGAGCAGCCGCUGCUCUGGCUGAUGUGUGCCAUGACAUGUCACGGUCAGGACGGGAUGUCUUCCGGUAUAGACAGAGGAACAGCAGCAUGGAUGAGGAGAUCGAGAAUCCAUACUGGAGUGUGCGCGCACUUGUGCAGCAAUACGAAGGGCAACAAAAGUCCCCGUCUGAGUCUAGCUGCUCCAGUCUGACAUCACCCAGUCCAAUCCACAGUGCAAAGAGUGAAUCCAUUAUAACCCAGUCAGAAGAGAAAGCCGAUUUUGUGAUUGUUCCCACCGAAGGAAUAGAGAAUAGAACAGAUGAGACAGACUCUCCAUUAUCCCGAGACUGGCGGCCUGGGAGCCCAGGAGCCUAUCUGGAAGCUACAUGGGAAGAACAGUUGUUGGAGCAGCAAGAACAUUUAGAAAGAGAAAUGGAGGAAGCAAAGAAAAUGAUUUCAGGACUCCAGGCCUUAUUGCUCAAUGGAUCAUUACCCGAAGACGAACAGGAAAGACCCUUGGCCCUCUGCGAACCCGGAGUCAACCCAGAGGAACAGCUGAUUAUAAUCCGAAGCCGUCUGGAUCAGAGUAUGGAGGAGAAUCAAGACCUUAAGAAAGAGCUGCUGAAGUGCAAACAGGAAGCCAGAAACUUACAAGGGAUAAAGGAUGCCUUGCAGCAGAGGUUGACUCAGCAGGACACAUCUGUCCUUCAGCUCAAGCAAGAGCUUCUGAGGGCAAAUAUGGACAAGGAUGAGCUGCACAACCAGAAUGUGGAUCUGCAGAGGAAGCUAGAGGACAGGAACCGGCUCUUAGGCGAAUAUAAAAAAGAGCUGGGACAGAAGGACCGCCUCUUGCAGCAGCAGCAGGCCAAGUUGGAAGAAGCGCUUCGCAAACUCUCAGAUGCCAGUCACCAGCAGGUGGAUCUAGAAUGGGAGCUAGAGCAUAAAGAGGUUCUUCUGGCUCACUGCAUGAAAGGAGAGGCAGAUGAGAUGACCAACUACAACAGUCACAGCUCUCAGCGCAAUGGCUUUGUCCUUCCAGUGGCAGGGAGAGGUGCCGCAACUGUCACCCACAGAGGGCCACAGACCAGUGACCUCCAGCUCGUCCGAGAUGCUCUCCGCAGCCUGCGCAACAGCUUCAGUGGCCAUGAUCCUCAGCACCACACCAUCGACAGCUUGGAGCAGGGCAUCUCCAGUCUCAUGGAGCGGCUGCAUGUCAUGGAGACACAGAAGAAACAGGAAAGGAAGGUUCGAGGAAGGUCACCCAGAACUCAAGCAAGUAGUGAAUACCGGGCAUCCUGGCCCCCUAAUUCAACAUUGCCUCACUCCCAGAGUUCUCCAACUGUCAGCAGCACCUGCACUAAAGUGCUCUAUUUCACUGACCGGUCACUCACGCCCUUCAUGGUCAAUAUACCAAAGAGGCUGGGGGAGGUGACACUGAAGGAUUUUAAAGCAGCUAUUGAUCGAGAAGGGAAUCACCGGUACCACUUCAAAGCACUAGAUCCUGAGUUUGGCACUGUCAAAGAAGAGGUUUUCCAUGAUGAUGAUGCCAUUCCUGGAUGGGAAGGGAAAAUUGUAGCCUGGGUGGAAGAAGACCAUAGAGAGAAUUAACUGGACCCUGGACAUUCCUUGGCUGCUUCUCUCAGGAAAGAGGACUAACACCAGAGUACGCUGAGAAGUUUCUAAGUCAUGCUGCCAAAAAGAAGCUUCUUCAAGUAUGAUGGUCACGGGCCAGUCCUGUUUGUGUGCCUGGCAUAUCUGGUACUUCAAAUCUCUGUCCAAAACAUAGACCAUGGGUUCAUCCUGGAGCUCCUUUUCCAUGGGAACAGUGUUUUAUUUUACUCUGAGGACACCAAACCGAAGGCCUUAACCAACAGAGAAGGAUGACCCCUCUUGUAGGGGCAUGGCUGCUAUUAUCUGUAACCCGGAAGUGGAUGCAUCACUCCUUCGUGUUUCAGUGUUCAUUUAAUUGGCCUCAAUGGUUACAGCAAUCAGAGUCCCAGCAUUUGUACUUACAGACAAGGCAUUGCAAACCAGGAGUAUGUUGUGAGGUGGUACCAAAGAUGAAAGCCCACUUGCAUAUAGAACUGGAUGAUGGUGACUUGUGGAUUGUGGGGAAAGCUUUUCCAUAUUGUGCUGUACUAUGCCAAAACCGUACUUCAGACCUUGGGCUGCCUCUUCUGUUUUUUACUGGUUCUGCAGCUUGUCCUUAGCCCGUUGAGGGCGUUUUUUUGCAUACUGCUGGUUUUCUCUGGGGACUCAUUAACUUUAGGGCCAUUUAUUUUUCUUCAAACAGAUAAACUUUGUGUUUGAAAAUAAGAAGCGAGGGGCUCCUUGAAAAUCCAAGAGGAUAUGGAAAGGUGCUGCUCCCCACAUCUCUUUGACCUGAACUCAUGGCAUCUUCCCAUUUACAAGGAGACAGACCAUUUGUGUUUGUGAUUUGAGUACUGAGCACGACUUACUGUUCUGCUUCUCAUUUCAAGGCUGGAGUUAUUUUCUAUUACAUGCUGAGUCUGGGCUGUUCCCGUAGGGCACAGUGAAACCUAUGGGGCAUGGAGCAUGAGUUGUGAAUGGCAGGGUUGAUUCGAGGUGAAGAGUCAGUUUGUGCUGCAACACUGUCAACUACUGAAGCUAGAGUUCAGUUUCAGAGGCUACUCAGUAACUUGGGUUUUCUCAUUUGCACACCUAGUACCAGUCAGCCAUGAUUACCUAUUUAUACAGUCCCUUAAAACAGACUGACCACACUGUACACUGCCAAACAGAAGAGUGGGAUAGCUGGGUCAGUCCUGGGACUUGCCUGUCUCUGUGUCUCCCGUUUUCAGCCAUUUGAAUGGACUACCAUUGGAACGCUGAGAUGACAUCUCAUUGUUUUAUAUAGACAUAUCUUUUAAAAAUAGUUCAUGUUUGAAAAUUGUUUUGUACUCAUCUGCUUUUGUCUGAGAACCAUGUCUAUUUUUAUAAUUCAAGAGUGACUUCUGUGUAAUCUGACAUUCCCUAUACUCUUAUCCAUUUUCUAGAGCUCUCAGUAGCUUUUCUACUGUCUUUUUUUACCACCUCUUGUGGUUUCUGAACAAGCUUUAUUUUGUUAUGAGUAUACUAAUGGUGGUUAGUUCCUGUCCAGUUUUCCCUGUUUUUAGUGCUGGAGGGUUUUUCUUUUUUAAUCUAGUUGAUUGCUCUUCUAAAAGACAUGAGAUCAAAAAGACCUGAUGUCUUCCAUGCACGCUACCCUGGUCUUCUAUUGAAGAACAAUUUUUCAUCAGCUAUAACUAGGAACGUUCAGGAAAGUCAGCCAUAAGCAAGAAAAACUCAUUGUGAAAGCCAAAAGAAGAAAACAGUGUUACUUUCGUCUUUUCUCAAGACAGCUGGAGGGACAAAAUGUUCAUAUAUCACCAGUUUCUCUGUUGCAUGAAUUCGAAUGUUUUGCUAUUUGACAGCAUGAAGGUGAUCAGGCUAAACUUCAUUACUGUAGUCCAGGUAUAAUUUACCUUGAAUAUCUGUCUCCUAAAUCUGAUUUUAUUGUCCUUUUUCUUUUAGCAGUCUUAACAUUACAUGAAAUUAACUUUUCAGCAAAAAUUAAAUCAGAAAAAACUUGAA